GGAGAACGACUCCAUCAGCAUCGACGGAGGCGCUUAUCGUCAGCAGUGCAGUGUCCCCCCGUUCCCGUGCGAUUCGACCCUAGCGUCAGCGCUCAGGGUCACGCUCUCUCCAGCUUCGAAGACCCUCUCAAGGACUGGGCAUGUCUUUUCACAGGCUUCUUGAGCAAGGGGGAGGUCCAGAGCAGGAAGAGGUACCCAUACCUCUACCCUUCGCCCGUUUUCCCCUUUGCGGGCCUCCUCGGAGGCCCUCGUCGCCACCGUUGGGUUCGCCGUGAAAUUCUAGGCAGAACGCCCUCCAGGAGCGGUCCGGGGAGUAGCGGUAUCGGUACCUCUUGGCUUCCCCAGAGGUCCUCCGGAGCGAGAAGGGGGGUUUUCAGGGACAACCCCACAUUUGGUCGGAGCAAGUCCUCCUCCCCCUCUCCUCUGGACCGGAACGAAGGGUUCGGCGAAUGCCCACCGAGGCACUGCGUCUUCACGCAUGUCUUCCUGUAUUUGCUCAGGUAUGUCUUCAGCAUGAUAUUUUCUGCCGAUGCGCUGUCAGGGCGCGGCUCUUGCCUGCCUGCCUAGCCUCUUCACCUCCGACGAGGACGCUCCUCGGGCCCGGCGGGGGGGCCCCGGGUGGCGCGCCGCGUGGCGGGCCGAGCGGCGCCGAGGGCCACCCUCUCGAGAAGGGCAGCCGGGCUGGCCUCACCCUCAGACGUUCCGGUGCUCAAGAUGCUUCAGAGUCUCGGGAGCCUGGACAUGGAUAACUAUGGCGGGGGUGACGUCGGCAAGAAUGGAGAGCUCGGCCCGUUCGGCGACGCUAUCAAGGACUUCCGCUGGUCGGAGUUCGGCAUCGCGGUCGCCAACCCCGCUGUGCUGCUGGUGUCGAUCGUGCUCUUCGGUAGCCUGCAAGAGUACGGGCCGUUCCGCAGCUCUAGCUACGAGGUGGACCCGUGCAAGCGGGAGGCGUCUGUGGUGCAGCAGAAGUUCUUCGGCCAGACCGACUGCAGGAGCGCGGAGAGGGCAUCCACCGCCGAAUGCUUGGCGUGCAAGGCUCGGAACGAUGUCUCGCCGUGAUGGCCCGCCGCGGCGUGAGGCUGAGAGCGGCAGGCGAACAUGCGCGAGACUCUGCCUGCACAGUCACCACGCGGCACUUCUGGGCAUCAUCCAGGAGACCAUCGAGGUAUGUAUCCACGGGUCCGCUGCCCCGUUUUCCCCCGUGGUCCCCGCUUGUGAUCCCCGACUGGCCUUCGCUCGCGGUGCUUGCCCGACCUACUGCUUGCGCGCGGUCGUUGCUUGCCGCUCGUGCCCGCGGCCCACGCGGCCUGUCCCUGGCUCGCGGCCCGUGGCUGCCGCCUCGGCCUGCAGCCCCUGCGCGCGGCAUGUGCUUGCCACACCUGGCGCGUGGCCGGCGCGAGCGGCACCAGGGAGCUCCACGGGCGAGUGGGCGCGCGCAGAGGCGCGCGGAGGCCAACAGCGUGAAGCAGCGGCAGGUGCGAGCGGGCACAGUGGGGACGCUCUGGAGGCAGAUCCAGUUCUGCCCGCAUCUGGGCGGCGGCAGCGACGACGAUGAGGAGGAGGAGGAGGAGGGGAAGCUGCCGCAGGCGCUGCAUGGCUGUUGCGUUGCCUCUCGGGGCUUCUCCUGGGUUUGAGCCGGUGGUGCGGUGCAGCCGAAACGUGGCCA